UUCCAAUAACAAUCAGAUUCUGAAAAACGGUAUAAGUUUCUAAAAGUCCACGAGUGGCAGGAAAGAGCUGGAAUCAUGUGGGAUAUGCUUAGAGGAUAGUGAGAGGCGCACGCGUAUGCUUGAGCUUUCCUGAUUGGCUGUUGGCUCCCGGAGACUCCUCUGCUUGAUUAGCAAUCGCAAGUGUCUGUGCAUUAUUCGUCGUUUCACGUCUUUCUGGUAAAAACAACUCGCUCGCCAACCAGACGAGAAAACAAACCCAGGGAAGGAGACGGAAUGAAUGGCACGGUGUCGGGGCUCUUCCACCACCUACCGCGCUUCAUGGAGUCAAACAGCAAAAGUUUUCAGCCCUGGAGGGAUUAUAUGGGACUGUCGGAGACGGUCAGAGAGAUCUUGAGUCGGAACAGCACCGAGGAAUCCGCCCUGCCACAUCUCAAAGCGCAUCACUCCCAACCCGAGCAUUUCAGCGGAACUUUAGGGUCGAUGCGCAUGAACGCAGAAUCCUGCGAAUCCCUGCUGUCUGGCUCCGCGGCUGUGCUGAACCCAGAGGAUAUGUUUCGGUUCGCACCGCAGUCAGCCAGUGCCGAUCCGCUGCAGACACCUACAACUGGUUCGAGUUGUCGCCCCAAGGACCGCAGGAGUACCGCGAGUCGCUUCAAGGCUCCGGCUCCAGAGCCGCCUGCGCGCCCCUCUUCCAAGGUCUGCAGUUUUUGUAAACAUAACGGUGAGUCCGAGCUGGUAUACGGAUCCCACUGGCUGAAGAACCAGGCUGGAGAGGUUGUGUGUCCCUACCUGCGCCAGUACGUGUGUCCACUAUGCGGCGCCACGGGGGCCGGAGCCCACACCAAGCGAUUCUGUCCCAAAGUGGACAGCUCCUACAGCUCGGUGUACACCAAGACCAGGCGCUGAUUUAAACAAACAAAACAAAAAGAAACUUCCUCCCCCCUUUUUUUUCCUCCUUUGUGUGCAUUUUAAUUAUUAUAAUAAUUCAGUAUAAGUGUGGCUUUUACUUUUGUGUGCUGCUUGCUUUGUAUUCUUAUUUGCAUGCUUUGUUUUUGUUUUUGUGUGUGCAUGUUUUCUGUUUGGAGUUAUUUAAUUUAAACGCUGUCGGUUUGCAGUUUUGAAUUUUGUACAAUAACUCAACAACAAAAAGACUGUCAGAUAUUACGGUUGGGAGGAGAGAGGACAAAAAAAAGGAAAUGUUUGCUUUUUUUUGUUGUUGAAUACUUUUAGAACAUGGUCAACACAUGUCCAGGUCCAUAUACACUUUACCAAAUGCAUUGAAGAACUAUGACGAAACCAGCACUCUGGAAGAACUUCCAGCUUCACCAAUAUUACCUUUUUCUACAGUAUGCUUACAUAAUGUGACCAUGUCAGCAUUUUAAGCUUUUAAUGGGGCACCUUCUCUUCUGUGUACUGGAUUCUGGGAGCAUGUUUUAUUUGGAAUAUUUCCUAUUUCUGCCACUGUAGCUCAUGUAAAGUUUGUAAAUAUUUCUGUGGUUCCAGUUAUAAACAAGUGGCUAAACUUGAAA